ACAGAUAAUAGCGGUAAUGAUGUUCGCGCUUUCGUAUACGAAAAAUUGCAAGAUCCAAAGUUACGGACAUUUCUAUUAAGUGUGGAAGAAGAUAUUCGAGCAUUUUUGGCCGAUAAUAAGUUACAAUCCAAAAUUUGCCCACCAAUGACCUCCUAUUAUAGGAUGGUCAUUCAUCGUGUUGCUGCAUAUUUUGGUUUGGAACAUAAUGUGGAUGCAUCAGGCAAAGCAGUCAUUAUUACUAAAGUACCAAAUACAAGGCAGUAA